AUGACAUUAAUACUUGUUCUUCUGGUUUAUACUGAGACCAACUCAAACCAUUACCAAACCCAGCAGCCAAUGCUAUUCCAUUACCACAAUGGCCCUCUUCUCACCGGCAAAAUAUCCAUCAAUUUAAUCUGGUAUGGCAAAUUCAAGCCCUACCAACGCGCAAUUGUGUCUGAUUUCAUCACCUCUUUUUCUUCUCCUCCAUCCAAUGCCACAUUAUUAAACCAACCCUCUGUUGCUACAUGGUGGAAAUCCAUAGAGAAAUACUACCACCACACCAAUGCCAAGAAAACCUCAUCUCUUUCCCUCUCAUUGGGUACUCAAAUCCUUGAUGAAAGCUACUAUCUUGGCAAGUCCGUAUCUCUUGGAACACACAUUAAGAAGUUGGCAGCCAAGGGUGCCCAUACUAAUGCCAUCAAUGUUGUCCUUACCUCAUCAGAUGUCAUUAUAGAUGGGUUUUGCUCUAACAAAUGUGGCACACAUGGGUAUUCAAGAAGCACUUUCAUUAGAGGCAAGAGCCCCAACUUCGUUUACAUCUGGGUCGGAAACUCCGAGACGCAGUGCCCUGGUCAAUGUGCUUGUCCAUUCCAUCAGCCAAUUUAUGGUCCACAAACUCCACCUUUGGUUGCACCCAACAACGAUGUGGGUAUGGAUGGCAUGAUCAUAAACCUGGCUAACCUUUUAGCUGGGACUGUGACAAACCUUUUUGGAAAUGGGUUCUACCAAGGUCCUAAAGAGGCUCCAUGA